CAGUGGGCUCUAACAUAGAAAGAUCGUUAUGCAUAUAUGUACUUCCCUUUCAUGAGUCGGGUGUUUUUGUUGCAUUUUAUUGUGUUUUUUUUUCUUUCUAUGACGGUACCCGUCAGUGUUUGUCUUGCAGUCUCUGUCGCUAGGUAGCUUCAUAGUGUGACAGUUAGUUACCGCUCAGUCAUGAGCGGAGGGAGCUGAGGAUGCUACGUCUGCGCUGCAAGGCCAAGAACGGCACACACCUGAUGCAAGGUCUUACGCACCAGUCCUGCGUGCAGGAGCUGAAGGAUAAGGUGGAGCAACUGACAGGGAUCCCAUGUGAUGUGCAGAAGAUUAUGGUGGGCUACCCACCCUCCAGUCUAGAUCUCCGCAAUGGCGAUGCCCAUCUGAAGGACUAUCCCAUCAAGUCUGGUGACACGCUCAUUAUAGAGGAGGAGAAGAACAGGCCGAAGCCUCAGGCCCAAGCAGUGGCAGUGGCAGCGGUGCAGAGCAAAGCCCCCCGGCUGGAAUCUGUCACCGCCCUGGUGCGCCGUGCAGUCCCCGCAGACAACUCGUGCCUCUUCACCAGCGUCUACUAUGCAGUGGAGGGUGGUGUGUAUGACCCAGGCUGCGCCCCAGAGAUGCGGAGCCUCAUCGCGCAGAUCGUAGCCAGCGACCCCACCGCCUACUCCGAAGCUGUGCUGGGGCGCAGCAACGAGGACUACUGCUCCUGGAUUCGGCGUGACGACACCUGGGGCGGUGCUAUCGAGGUCUCCAUCCUGUCCAAGUUCUACCAGUGCGAGAUCUGCGUGGUGGACACGCAGACGGUGCGCGUCGACCGCUUUGGCGAGGACGCAGGCUACCAGCGGCGCGUGCUGCUCAUCUACGACGGCAUCCACUACGACCCGCUGCAGCGGGAGGCUGACGGCCAGCCGCCGCAGACCAUCUUCUCGGCGGCGGACGACGUGGUCCUGGCGCAGGCGCUGGAGCUGGCCGACGAGGCGCGGCGGAAGAGGCAGUUCACGGACGUCAACCGCUUCGCGCUACGCUGUAUGGUGUGCCAGAGGGGCCUGGUGGGACAGGCAGAGGCUCGUGUGCAUGCCAAGGAAACAGGCCACGCCAAUUUCGGGGAAGUGUGAUUACCCGCCGGGAAGGGGGGGGGGCGCGCUGGGGAGUCGCGGCUGCUGGCGCUUUGCUCUGCUUUUGUCGGUAAAAUGAUGCACCUCCAUCAUUUGUCACCCAGCUUGUUUAGACUCAAGAGCUUAAAUGUCAUCUCUGCUUUCAGCAAAGCGGAAAAUGGAAUGGAAAAAAUCCUCAAUCUGGCUUUGAAUCUAAUGUUACAGAUCUUCUGUUUCCUCCUUCUUGCUUUUUUGGUCUUUGGUGAAACAAUCCUAUACUCAUGUAAAUCGUUUCAUUUCAGUUAGCUGAGUGACAGAUGACUUGAGUGAAAAAUGUUGUUCUUUUUUUGUUUUGUUUUUGCGUGCUCCCAGAGUUCCGCUUCUGGAAUUCCACAGUUAUGGAUUUUGCCAGAAAACAGAGCAAAACGCAAGCACUGCUGAGUGCUCCCCCAGCCCUCAAACUUCCAGCCCACUCCAAUAACUCAUUCUGUGUUACGUUCUCAGUCUGCGCAAUCUACCUCACGUCACCCCACCUCCCCACGUGCUCCUCUGUGCUUCUACCAGCUCACAAGCUCUUCCACAAGGAAUAUGCUCCGUUUACCAUUUUUUUUUCCCUUCUGUUUUUAAUAUUAAUGUGUUAUUUCUGCACAUGCUGCCGAUUGUAUUGGGGGGGCUGGCUUAUUUGAAGACAUACUCCUUCAGAUUCUUGCUGUCGCCGAAAACAGAUUGCACACCUUAUCCCAGAUUUUGUAAUGGCCUUACCGUACUGCAUCUCACCUAGCAGCAAUAAAUUAUUGCUGUACCCUCCAUCUUUCCUGGUUUCGCAAACGGUUGGAUAUAGUUUCUGACACCUAAAUGGUGAUUUGACAGUUGUAAUGGAGUGCUUAGAAGGAAGAGGCAUUUUGUCAUGGUUUUUGUUUGGCAAGAAAAAUAUUUAGCUAGUGAAUACUGACUUUGUUUGGAAAAUGUUCUCAAGUUCUCCAGGUCUUAAUUUUAUGAGGGUCUGUUCAAGGAAAACAAGGCAUGUUUUCCCAUAAUUUGCACAGUAUAAGUGGUUAAUUUUUCCACCCAAUUCCAUUGGUACUGUAAUGCUGCUCUGUUUAUUACGAACUGGUAACUGCUGAUUUUUAAACUUGAGUAAUUGUCUGUAAAGGUUUCAUAAACAGCUGUUUCAUCUGACUUUUAAAUGUAUGCAAAUCACAUUUUUAGAUCCGUGUCUUGGAAUUGGAAGUGCAAUUUGACAAGCAUGAAAAAAAGUUUACCCUCUUGGUGCUUAAAGAAUCUUUGAGAGAAGAGUCAUAACAUCAGAAUUAGGUGGAUGGAGGGACAUUGGAAGAUAUUUCCAGAUUAGUAAUUGGUACUAUUUGGUACACAGCAUUCCUUGGGGUGCUAGAGAAGUUUUAAUACCUGGGUGCUACACUAGUUGUUUUGAAAGUGUGACUUUAUUUAAACAUCCUGAACGGAUACAGGAUAUUGCGGGUGACUGUACUAUGAUCUAUGGAAAGCUGAACUGUUACAUCCAGGCAGUCAGGCAUGCAGGCCCCAUGAGCCUGUGUGUGUUUUACUUUUGUGCAUGAACGUAUGGAACCUAUCUGCGGAGUGGAUUAGAUGAUCCACUCUCUCCUCCUCAUCAAUUGCAAGUAGGUGUACUUGCGGUCAUAUAAAUCUGUUCAAACUGACUUUCAAAUGGGAAUUCCCCUAAAUGAUAAACAAAAUAAAUAAAUAAAACAA